GCUCGGAGCGCUGACCGGGCGGUCCCGGAGCCCUGCCCGGCCCCGCCGCGGGCGCAGGCCGCAGGGCGCAUGGAGCGGGCCGGGCCCGGCGGCGCGAUGGCGGCGGCGCUGAGGGCGGCCAAGCAGCAGCUGCGGGCGGAGCUGCGGCAGCGCCUGCGGGCGCUCAGCGCGGCCGAGAAGCAGCGGCAGUCCCGCCUGCUCGGGCGCAAGGUGAUUGACCAUCCCAAGUACCAAGAAUCCAAAAGAAUUGCAAUCUUCCUGAGCAUGCCAGAUGAAGUCCAGACAGAAGAGAUCAUUAAGGACAUUUUUAAGCAAGGCAAAGAAUGUUUCAUCCCCCGUUACAAACCUCAGAGUAAUCACAUGGACAUGCUGAAGUUAUCAUCAGCUGAAGACAUUUCUUCACUUGCUUUGACAUCCUGGAAUAUUCUUCAGCCCAGUGAUGAUGACACUGCAAGAGAGGAAGCUCUUGCUGGUGAAAAGCUUUUCUGUAGGGGUUCCAGCCAUUGCUCUUUCAACCUUUACAAUCUCUCUGAUGUUAUUCUGGAAGAAAAAAGAUGCCUGGGAGAAAAUUUUAUGCCCAGGAGGUCUUGACCUUAUCUUCAUGCCAGGCCUUGGGUUUGACAAAAAAGGCAACAGAUUGGGAAGAGGGAAAGGAUAUUAUGAUACCUAUCUUGAAAGAUGUAUGAAACAUCCCCGUGGAAAGCCUUACACGAUUGCUUUGGCUUUUAGAGAACAGAUUUGUGAAUCAGUGCCUGUGACAGAAAAUGAUGUUCCAAUAGAUGAAAUCCUUUAUGAAGAUUGCUGAAAGUGUUUUGAUACCAACCCACCUCCAGAUCAAGCAAACAAAGGUGUCAUAUCCAUCAAUCAUGUUUUUUUAAUAAUUGUCAUAUAUGACUUUGGGACCAAUAAAAUAUACUAUUUGUGUUUGGGGACAAAAACCUCAAAAAGAAUAUAACUGUGGUAAUAGUAGUGAGGAUUGUGUUGAUUUGCUUCUAAUUUGCAAAUGGAUGGUGUUAAUUUGUAUCCUAGAAUCAAUACACACAAGAAUGAGUGUCUAUUACAGUAAGGACCAUUUCUUCUCAUAGUAUUUGUGAGGUACAAGCUCCUUGAUACUUAAGAGUUUUAUUAUCUGGUUUAAAAGUGAACUGUCCAGUAAUGACAGUUCUUGAUCCAUUCUGGAAUUCGAUACUUGUUAUUGUAAAAGUUCUUACUACUUAAAUAUUGUGUGCAUCCAUGAUCAAAACAAGAAAUUAAUGGAGACAUCUUAGAGGAAGCUGGGCAAAAAUGGUGAUGGAAAAAAGCCUUAAUUAAUUUUAUGUAUGCAGGAAAUUUGACUGUUUACUUGGCUCCUUGCAGUUGUCUUAAAAUAGAGGGAGUUAAUAAAAAAAGGUUGAUGUCCAUAACUUUGGUAUGUUCUUUCCUUUAUCUGAAUAUAAGAUUGUAAUGUCUAAAAUGUGAUCAGGGAAUUCUCUAUCUGGAGACAGCUCUUUUUUGGUAAAAUAAUAUUCAAAAUUACUUUAAGUUCUCUAAUUUUGUACAUAAACUAUUCAUAAUGUCCCAAAAUACUUUGUGGUGCUAUGCUAAAAAUAAGAGAUGCUGAGAAUUGCAGAGAGCAGACUUUAUGGAUGAAAUAAAUUUUUGGGUGGAAGGCUGGUUGUUCUCUGCUUCUCCAUGCACAAUCAUGGAAAUCCAGAAGAUAGCAAGUUUCCUCUGCACACUGUGCUUGUAGUAUAAGAACACAGUAUUUCCAAUCAGGAUCAGUCAAACUGUCAGAAUUUUGUGUUCCUUCUUCAAUGCAACUUCACCUUUUCUGUGCAUGUUUAACUCUUCCCUCAAUCAAUAAAUCAGUGUGUUUGUUUUCACCAAA